CAACAUGUAGAUUGACUGGAAGUAUUUGAUGAGACUGAGCUAUAUCUUGUGGUUUUAACUAUCUUUUUAAACAUUUUAUGUUACUGAUGGAACACGAAGAUGAAAACAGCAGCGAGGAAUUUAACUACAACAAAGAGAGGAUUUGUCUCCUUCCUUCUCUCUUUAACAGUGGUACAGGCUCAGAGUGACUGGAGAGUGACUUACUCUUCCUCUCAGAUCUGUGCUGUGGAAGGAUCAACAGUGGACAUACCAUGUUCUUACACAUAUCCAUCUAGAGGGAAUGAGCAUGACACCGUAGUUUGGAGAUCUUUCUGGUUUGUGAAAAUGAAUGGAAACAACCCUUUGGAUCUGAGAAAUGACCCAGAUUACAGAGGUCGUGUGGAGUAUCACUUUUAUAAUAACAGCUGCACCCUGAGGAUCACCAACGUCAGACAGAGCGACUCAGCUGAGUACAGAUUCAUGUUGAUGACAAACCAACCAGAGGGAGGAGUUACUGGUUCACCUGGAGUCACUCUGUCAGUCACAGCUCUACAGGUGCAGGUGAGCGGUGUAAAAUGGGUCGGGUCUGAUUACUCUGCAGUACUGACGUGCCAUGGCAGCUGCAGACCCACUGCUCCUCUUUCUUACAUCUGGUACGAAAACGGACAGAAAAUGAAGGAGGAAGAAUCUUCUUUCUCAGGAAGAUUUCACCCCUUACACAGCGUUGCCUGUGCUUUAAAAGGAUAUGAGGAUUUCCCCUCACCUUCAGUGUGUGUCCGUGGUCGUUCCUGCUACAGAGUGACGUACAAUGUCAGAACCAUCUGUGCCCUUAAAGGCUCAUCAGUGAACAUUUCAUGCACCUACUACAGCUAUAAGUGGCUCCAAUCAAUGUUUUGGUUCAGUCCUGAUCGUAGUCAUCAGUGGAAGAGAGGCACAGAGCCUGAAGACCUCAGUAAAGACCCCCAGUAUGCAGGUCGUGUCCAAAGCUUGAGAGGAGGAUGGUUUAUCACUUUGAGAAUCUCUGAGCUGAGAGAGAGCAACUCUGCUCAGUAUCACUUCAAAUUUAAAACAGCAGGCCUUGAAUGGGGGAACAGCUUCGCUGGUACAACUCUGACUGUCACAGCUCUCCAGGUGAAGGUGAUCAGUGUAACAGUCCACCAGGAUUAUACUGAGGCAGAGCUGAGGUGUCACAGCAGCUGUAGUCCUGCUGGUGGUAUUUCUUAUACCUGGUUGAAGAACGGACAGAAAAUCCCGAGUGCUGAAAACUCUUCUCAUAGAGAUCGGCUUUAUCCAGGAGACUUUAUGUCUUGUGCUCUGAAAGGACUUGAAAAUUACGCCUCACCCUCUGUAUAUGCUCUGAAGACUCCCUCUGUGUGGGUGAGUCCUCUGGAUGAAAUAACAAAGGGCAGUUCAGUCACUCUGACCUGUAGCAGUGAUGCUAACCCAGCAGCUAAAUACACCUGGUACAGGAAGAACCAAACCCUGUCCAGUGAGGGAGCACAGCUUGUCUUCAGCUCAAUCCAGUCCUCUGACUCUGCAGAGUAUCAGUGUGCAGCUGAGAACCAGCAGGGGAGGAGAGAAUCUAAACCCGUCUUUAUCCAUGUCCAAUAUGCUCCAACGCUUCCCUCUGUAUCAGUGAGUCCCUCUGCUGAGAUAGUGGAGGGCAGUUCAGUGACUCUGACCUGUAGCAGUGAUGCUAACCCAGCAGCUAAAUACACCUGGUACAGGAAGAACCAAACCCUGUCCAGUGAGGGAGCACAGCUUGUCUUCAGCUCAAUCCAGUCCUCUGACUCUGCAGAGUAUCAGUGUGCAGCUGAGAACCAGCAGGGGAGGAGAGAAUCUAAACCUGUCUUUAUCCAUGUCCAAUAUGCUCCAAGGCUUCCCUCUGUAUCAGUGAGUCCCUCUGCUGAGAUUAUGGAGGGCAGUUCAGUGAAUCUGACCUGUAGCAGUGAUGCUAACCCAGCAGCUAAUUACACCUGGUACAAGGAGAAUGAAGACUCACCUCUAGCUUCAGGACAGAUCUUCACCAUCUGUAAUGUCAGCGCAGAACACAGUGGGAAUUAUUACUGUGAGGCCCAGAACAAAAUAGGGUGUCGUAACUCCACCUUCACUCUGACUGUUGUGUCAGGGAGCUCAGCAUCCAUAGCAAACAUCUCCAGGAUAACUCUGGGACUCUUGGUGAUGAUUCUUCUUCUCCCCUUGAUUCUGUGGAGGAGGAAGAAGGACAUUAUGGAGGCUGAACCUGCAGAAGCAAUGGAGUUAAACUCUGAUCCUGCGUACGAGAACAUCUCAGCCGUCACUGCAGCACAGAGAGAAGACAGAGAGGAGCAGGAAGAUGCUGUAUGAAGUCCUCAGGUUAGAGCCUCCUGCACUGAAUAAACAGAGCCACUGUAGAUUUACAGUCAUCUAUGUCACAUGUUACAACCAUACUAUACCAGUAUUCCAUUCACUUUUCUGUCAUGUUCUUUAAAUGCUGUUGAAUCAGGAGAAGACUUCCUGUGGAGAAGUGGGGACAUUUGCCUUCAGCUGCUGUAGGCUGAUAUGAAUUCAUGAUAAAUUAUUACUGAAAGACAAAAAUCAGGUUGAUAACAGAUAUAAAAUAAUGUUAUGGUUACCAACAGUACAAGAGGAAUGCAGACGAAACCAUCAGCAGUAAACUGGAUUAGAUUUCCUUGGACAAAAAGGGGACAAAGAUAAAAUCUAUAAUUAGCUCUGCAUCUCUGUCUCUGUUUAUAAAUGUUUAUUCAUGUUUUAUGUGAUUCUCAACCUAUUUUGAUAUCGAC